UCGGAGAUCGACGCAUCGUCUUCGCUAACCCCCUCUCCCCUUCCUCCUAAUCAACCCUUCCUUUUUGAAUUGAAAAGAAAAAAAAAAAAAAAAAAAAAUGGCACAAUGGUCCCUACUGUCAACUCUAGUGAUCGGUCUAAUUCUAUCAACACCGGCGAUCGGCUUCCUUCCCGAUCUCGUGCAGAGUUUCUUGAACCUCGUGAGAUUCAGCGCCGGCAACCAAAAGUGGUCCCGUGAAUUCCAGCAGUACCAGGAGCGCGAGCUGCCCGACGAGACCCCGGUGAAUCGGCAAGAGUACGAUUUCAUCGUCGUGGGCGCCGGUAGCGCGGGAGCGACGAUCGCGAGCCGCAUGAGCGAACUGAAGAACGAGCAGAUCUUACUGCUCGAAGCCGGUGGCCACGAGACCCUCACCAUGGACGUGCCGCUGCUCGCCCUACUCAUGCAGUUCAACAAGGACAUCAAUUGGGACUACCGGACCGAUCCUUCGAUCAAGUACUGCCGGGGCAUCGAGAACAACCAGUGCAGGGUCGCCAUGGGACGCGUCAUGGGGGGCACGAGCACAUUGAACUUUAUGAUCGCCGUCAGAGGCAACAAGCGCGACUACGACGAGUGGUACGAGCUGACUGGCGACGAGAACUGGUCGUGGGCGGGCAUGCUCCGGUCGUUCAAGAAACUCGAGAGCUUCGACGCGUACACGGUCGAGGCCGACCCCGAGUACCGCAACGUCGGGGGCCCCGUGCGCAUAGCCAACCCCGUGUCCCUGUCGCCCCUGGCCGAGGCCUUCGUCCAAGCCGGGGCGGAGCUCGGCCUGCCCACCAACGUCGACUACAACGGCCCCAAGCAGACCGGCUUCGCUUACCUCCAGACCAACCAAGCCAACGGCGAGCGGCUCAGCAGCAACCGCGCCUACCUCCACCCCGCCAAGGGACGACCGAACCUCCACGUCAGCAUGAACAGCCGCGUCACCAGGGUCCUCAUCGACCCCACCACCAUGACCGCCCGUGGCGUCGAAUUCACGAAAAACGGCCGCAGGCACCAGGUGCUCGCCCGCAAGGAGGUCAUCCUCUCGGCCGGGGCCAUAGCCUCCCCCCAACUGCUCAUGCUCUCGGGCGUCGGCCCCGCCGAGCACCUCCGCCACCUCGGCAUCCAGGUCCUCCGGGACGCCCCCGUCGGCGAGAACCUCAAGGACCACGUGGCCUACGGCGGCCUCUACUUCCUCGUCAACGAGUCGCUGAGCGUCGUCCUGCCCGAGCUCUUCCUGCCCACCAACCCCAACGUCGCCGACUACCUCAGCGACAGGAGCGGCCAGUUGUCGACCGCGGGGGGAGUCGAGGCUCUCGGCUUCGUCAACGUGGACGACCCGACCCCCGACAACGAGACGCCGAACGUCGAGUUGCUGUUCGCGGCGCUGUCCCCGUUGUCGGGCCACCUCGUGAGCAAGCCCUUUGGGAUCAAGGAGCGGCACCUGAGGCGCUUCGCGGGUGACAAGUUCUACAGGCACGCGUGGCUGACGUUUCCGCUGCUGAUGAAGCCCAAGAGCGUGGGUAGGCUGACGCUGAGGAGUAGGGAUCCGCUGGCCAAGCCGAGGAUAUUCGCCAAUUACUUUGACGACCCGGACGACGUGAGGGUGGCCAUAGAGGGGAUCAGGCUGGCGAUUAGGGUGAGCAGGACCAGGGCCAUGCGGAGGUACGGCUCGGAGCUGCACAACGCCACGGUGCCCGGGUGCGAGGACCACGAGCCGGACUCGGAUGGUUACUGGGAGUGCGCGCUGAGGACCUUCACCAUCACGUUCUGGCACCACUGUGGCACCGCGAAGAUGGGCCGGGAGAACGACACCAGCGCGGUCGUUAACACGAGGUUGCAGGUCAAGGGAAUCAAGAGGCUGAGGGUGGCCGAUCUGUCCAUCAUGCCCAACAUCGUCACGGCCCACACCAACAUACCGGCCAUGGCGAUCGGCGAAAAAUUUGCCGAUAUACUCAAGGCAGACUACGGCUACGACGACCAAACGAACUUGCGUCUCAAUUCGUUUUAGGAUCUUAUUGUCAUAGUUUUUUUUUCAUCGUCAUACAAAGUCAUUACCGUUAGAGCCAGUUUGUUUAAUGUAUUUUAGGGACAA